AUGUUUCACUUUGCGGCUGGUUCAACCGAAGGCACACUGCCGCAUCCGUCUGGAACGGAAAUUUCUAAAGUUGAAUAUAGUCCAGAUGAGUCGUCACAACUUUUGGCAGUAUCGAGCUGGGCUGGUACUGUCCGAAUCUAUCACUUCCCGAGUACUCCGGUUGUUGGUGUCGAGCAACGUGUCUACGCCCAUACUAAACCAGUGCUUUCUCUCACGUUCACCAGUAAUAAUGAAAUAGUAAGUGGUGGAUUGGACUGUUUAUUGAAGACAUUCGACGUUGAAAAUGCAGCCGAAUGUGUAAUUGGUCGUCAUGAUGCUGCCGUGAGAUGUAUCGAAUAUUGUAAAGAUCAUAACUUGGUAGCAUCGGGAGGAUGGGACGGUGCUAUGAAGCUGUGGGACGUGCGAUCGAAAGGUUCUGCUGGUUUUGGUAAUAACGGAGAUAAGGUGUAUGCAAUGGACACAAUCGAUCACCGUGUGGUGGUGGGCACGAAAGAUCGUAAAAUUAUCGUUUGGGAUGUUAGAAACUUAGGCGAACCCGAACAGAUUCGUGACAGUCCGCUUAAAUACCAAACGCGUGCAUUGAAAUGUUUCCCGACCGGUGAUGCGUUCGUAGUUUCGUCAAUAGAGGGCCGUGUCGCAGUUGAAUAUUUCGACCUGGCACCCGAAGUGCAAAAAAGUAAAUACGCUUUCAAAUGUCAUCGAGAGAAAGAUAAAUCUGGCACUGAACUCAUCUAUCCGGUCAAUUGCUUGGCCUUCCAUCCGGUACAUAAUACCUUCGUUACUGGCGGAUCUGAUGCCCUUGUCAAUAUCUGGGAUCCAUUCAAUCGAAAACGAAUUUGCCAACUUCACAAAUUCCCGACGAGCAUCAUGAGUGUGUCGUUCAAUCCAAGUGGAACACAGCUGGCGAUCGUUGCCUCGUAUAUGAAUGAACUGAAGGAGCCACCAAUAGCACCACCAGAGAGUUGUGUUGUUGUUCGACGGAUUACAGAUGUAGAGGCUCGACCAAAAUAA